AUGGAACCAACAGGACCUCUCUCGUCCUUCCCAAGCUUCCCUCUCUUGCCAUUCGAAAUCAGGUUGAAGAUCUGGGAGUAUUGCCUACCUCCGCCUCGUGUCAUCAAAGUUGAGCAUAUCAGGGCUUUCUCACAACAAGAUGAUGAUCCAAUCUUGAAAGCCGUACCAUGUCACUGCGCCGCUCUCUGCGAUGUAUAUCCCUCAAUCGCAGCAGUUUCCUCAGAAUCAAGGACCAUUUUCCUGUCUCAUUUCUCAUUCUGCUUCGGCACUCACGUCUCUUGGGAAAACGACACAAUAUACCUCAACUGGGAUCUAUCUCACAAAGCCCACCUUCCAGACUCAUCAGCACGAAAAAUCCUCGACGCAUUCACAGCAACAGUCCUGGCCAGCCCGGGAGGAGCUCGCAUGGCGUCCCUAGCGAUGAAUUGGCAUUACAGAUGGGUGAGACUUGUACUCCGCGACCCCCAUAACCAUAUGGCUCCUGCCAAAAGUUCCUUAUUCGACCAUUUCCCAAACAUGAAGGAGUUCCUAGUAAUCAAUGGAAGGAUCGGCCUCUUCAAGAUAUUGCCCGACCUGACUCCGGAAACUUGGCCCUACUACGACGCCGUACCAUAUGGUGAGGAGAUGUUUCGUCCUGGAAGCCACGAGAUCUGUAUGCGUGCUGAUGAUAGCGAUGUUCGAUUCUGGCCUACUGGCAGCGGCAUUAAAUUGAAGGAAGCGAAUUCAACAGAUGAGGUGGUGUGGAGUGGUGAUCCUACGGAGGUGGCGCAGGACUUUGUGCGGGAAAUGUAUGAAGUUGGAGGUUGGGGGGACGGAGGUAGGAAGCCUUUCGUUAAGAUUGUGGGAAUGCGAGUUCUAACAGGUUCUUGCUUCAAGGAUGGACAGCAAGUUAUUGGAGGAGUUGUUGAGGGCCAGAGACAGUUGCGAGAGGAUAUCGUGUUUCAGAAGAAUGAGCUGUUCACAUGUUGA